AUCAGCGAUGCCCAGAACCAACCAAACCAAAAAGGACAAGAAGUCCAAGGGGUCUACUUUUAGCGAGGCUGAGGAUGGGGACUUUUGUUCGUGGCGAGGCGACAGUCCAGGUAGCUCCCAUGCGCCACAACACUGGACUGACCAUGUGGGAUUUUCAUCAAGUUCGGCGGAUAACUGGGCAUCAAAACUCAGCUGUUCUACGUCACCGUUUCCACAAGGCAACGACCCAAUGACGAUGAGCCCCAGCAGAGAAGAAGAUCCUUUUGUUACCAACAAGAGGCUCGCGGAGGAGCUCAAGAGACGUUCAUCCCAAACCACGUACUUGUUCCACGAAGUCCUUCGGCGGGAGGGGGAGAUAGACGAGCUGCAGGAGCGUCUUGAGAGAAGGACGUACGAAGCAGCUGAAAACCACUCGAUCCUGCAAGAUCACGUCAGUGGAACCAGCGAGCUCAUCGGGACACUUACGAAUCAAGGCGCGGCCCAGUGGGAUCCUAACAUGAUUAGGAUGCUUCAGGGAUUGAAGAAUCGGUUCCAGUCCUAGAUGCCAGUAGAUUUAGGUUGAAAAAUAAAGUAUGCAGAAAUUGCACUCACUUGGAAAAUGGAGAGGGAUGCUUUCAGAACUGACGAAUCGGUAAAAAUCCUAGAUAAUGUGAUGGUGAGUUCAAAUGAACAGAAAUAAGAAAAUUGACUCGAGGGGCCCCAGACCACUAAAGAUGCUUCGAGGAUUGACGAAUCGAAAUCAUUCUUAGAUGAUGUGAUGCUGAAUAAAGAUUAGAAAAAAGUUAAUCCAAUCAUUUGUAAAUAUAUAAAAUAAACCAGCUUGGAAAAAGGAGGCAGUGGCAGCUUUCAACAAGCAAACAAUUUUUGAUAAUACGUGAUGAAGAAUCUUACAAAGCAGAUUUGCAUGAUAGAUCCAACCUUGAAAGAGGGUUGUUGGAAGGUUAUGCGAAAGGGCUUACUUGAUAUUGUUAAAUAGUUAAUGUAAUAUAACUUUAAAAAUAUUCCUAGACCAUAAGUUAUUAAACAGUUAAGUUUGUGUUGAAAAACUAUUACUUACAUCUUAACAAUAAAUAAUUAAAAAGGCCUUGUGGAUUAUCAAAAG